AUGGCGCAUAGCCUUAUUUCGGAGCUUUCAAUUGGAGAUACAGGCGCCAAGAUUUGCGCAAGGAUUUCUAGGCUGUGGGACUUCUGCGAUGUAAAUGAUGACACAAAAAUUAUACACAACAACAUAGUCCUCUUAGAUGAAAAGCGAGCCAGUAUACAUGCACAGGUUUAUCCACCAACAGCUCAAAGGCUCAAGUCAAUGUUACAUGAAGGGAAGGUUUACUAUAUUGACUCCUUCUGUGUCAAACAAGCUACUAGGACAUAUAGGCCAGUAGGGAAUGAUUUAAUGCUAUCAUUAACAAAGUGGACAUCCUUUGAAGAACGCCUCCAUGUUCUUGAGCAAUUUUCUACUGUCACGUUCUCGCUCACGCCGUUCGAAGACAUUGCCUCUUUCGUUGAUAGAAAUCUCUUCUAUGUUGAUGUUAUGGGUCUGAUCACCCAAAUAGGAGACACAAAUAUACUCCGGCCUAAAUCAAGAAAUGCUGACAGCCUGAAGAGAACUCUGCAGAUUUGCAAUGCAAGCGGCUCAACGCUACCGGUGACGUUGUGGGGACAGAGGGUUGCUGCCUUUGAUGCAGAGAGUAUAUACAAGGCUGGGCAAACACAACCUCAGAUUGUGGUGUUUGUAGGCACACUUGUCAAAAACUAUAGAGGCAUAGGGCUGACAGUUACUGGGAGUGCACCCUGCAAGUGGUACAUCAAUCUUGAUACACCAGAAGCUCUUGAACUAAAACAAAGGUGA